CAAUUGAGGCCAGUACAUACAGGAUUCGCCUACAUCUCACCAAGCACAGAUAGUAGGAGCUGGUUCCAGCCUGGCAUAACCUCGCUGAGCGUAAGAUUGCAACCUUCCAAACCAAGCCCUUCUCACUCUCCAGAGACAAAAAAAAUCAUCUCUCUACCAGGCAAGCGAAGAACCAAACUGACAACGCGCAUAAAUCUCAUCCUUGACAUGAACACAGACCGGUCCAUCUACCGCGGCAAUUGAUCAGAAGGCCCCCCUACCACGACUCAGAUAGCGCUGCUUCCCUGAUCCUCAGUAUAGUCUGCAAAUCUCAUUUAGCAAAUUCACGAUAUUGGAUCUGUAUGUUCGAGGGUUCGAGACGAGGGUUCCCACGUCCGAGCGUAUCACAUAGUGAGACCCCCCCUGAACAUGCUUGUUUUGGAUUGGAAAAGUGCUUGUGAAAAGUAAAAUCGCUCGGUCAGAUACGCCGGGUAGUCAAGCUUUAUCCGAUAUAUAAGACUACUCUUGUCAACCUUAUAUGAAUACGCAUCUCACCACCCUCCCCACAAAAAGAGCAUCACACUCGUUGUUUAAAAUAUCUCCAUCGCUACGCUCUUUUUCGUCAUAUUUUGAAUUUUAAUUUACAGCCGUGAGCUUAUUCCUGCCUGUCCGAAUCUUUUCCAUCAUGUACUUCGCCAACUCCCUCUUCGCCGCUACUCUGGCUUUCUUAGCUUUCGGUCAAGCUCAAGCAGUCUGCAAAUGGGACAAAUGCUGCUACACAAAUCACGACGGUCCGGGAGCCUGCCCUGUAAGCAACUCUCCCCUACUCACAACAUAA